AUGUUCAAAGAUACUGAUGAUUGGGUAAAGAAAUGUGAUAUAUACCAACAAUUCAAAGGGAAAGUACAGCUUGCUGCCCUACCAUUAAAACUAGUGAUCAUUGAAGAGCCUUUCCAACAGUGGGGUUUGGAUUUCAUUGGUCUUAUUCAUCCUCACUCCAGUGCAAAUCACACUCAUAUCUUGUUAGAUACAAAUUAUUUUACUAAGUGGGUUGAAGUAGUCCUAGUAAAGCAAACAUCAUCAGAGGUGGUCUGUGACUUUAUUAAGCAAAACAUCUUAGUAAGAUAUGGAGUCCUGCAUAACAUUGUCACUGAUAAUGCUACCAAUUUCUCUUCAAAUGAAAUAUCAACUUUUUGUUAUAAAUAUGAAGUCAUUCUCUCUCAUGCAUUUGACUAUUACCCUCAGGGAAAAGGUCAAGCUAAAGCCAACAAUAAGAAUAUUAUUACUAUUCUUUGGAAGCUAGUUGAUGAAAAUCAAAGAACAUGGCAUAAACAUUUGUAUGAGGCAUUAUGGGCUGACAUCACCACAAAGAAGAGAGCUAUCAGGUUAUCUCCUUUUGAAAUAGUUUAUGGAACAGAAGCAAAGCUGCCUAUCCCUUUAGAGUUAGCUUUUCUCAAAUUGCAGGAAGUUUUAGAGAAUUAUGAAUUCAAAGAUGCAUUAGAAAAGCGAGUGUUGUAUUUGACCAAGAUGGAGCAUCAAAGAGAGGUCGUGGUCGAUAGAAUUAGAGACCACUAA